CUUCGAUCAGACUGCAUGGUGCAGCAUCCAAGAAGACAGCCAUCUUCACACUCAAUGCCAUGAGAACCUAGAUGCUCUUGACUUUCUAUCAAAAGAAUCAAGGACAGUUGUAGCAGAGAAACAUAAAUGUAGAGAUACUGGAAGAAGAAUAAAGCACAGGUAGUAAAGUCGCUAUAACUUGGAAUUGUUUACUCUGUUGGGAAGUGGGGUUUAGAAUGUGACAGCAUAGAAGGUAAGAAAAUAAAGACCAACAUGAAAAGAAAUGUAAGUAAGACAGCAAGAUAGGCUAAGGUUAUGGAGAAUUACAAAUUGUGGGACAUGAGAUUGACAUGAAUACUUUGUGAUUGAGCAUACUGAGACUGUUCAUGUUCAUGAGAUCCUGACUUUUUUUUAGUCCAUUUGGACUAAGCUGGAAUAACAUGAAAACAGGUCAUGACCCCUUCCACAUCCUUUCCAGUUUGCUGUUGACAUUCAUCCCACCAUUAAACUCUGUACAACCUACACCGUUGAAAAUUUAUCAUUAAGUAAUCUGAGAAUUAGUCAAUAUGCAAAUUUAAAAUAACAUGAUUUUGGAUUAUUCAUUAUUUCAUCUUCCAAGUGCUGGUAAGAAGGAUUAUAUGCAAAUUAAACUAUGUAGCUCAUUGUUGCAGUAUAUGUUUACUUCGCCAUAGUUAGAAUACAUAUUAUGAGUAUUUGAAGCUGUAAUGGGAGCCUUUUGGCUUUUGUUACUAAUAUAUGUUGUAUAACCAUCUGUUAGCAUUCCCUGUAAAACAGUAAGCCUCCCUAAUGUACUGAAAUUCUGACACUUGGAAAUUGUAUAUAUUGUAGUUGCAGACUUUAAUGAAUGUUUUUCAUUCUGGCAGGACCAAGGUUUUUUAUAGAUAGAGAUUGAGUUCGUUAAUACCAACAUAUUUAUAAUACAUUAACUUUGUCAAGAUUGUUGGAAUGCUAUGGCUUUUAAGUCAGACUGGAUAUCAUCCUGCUUUGAUAACGGUGGAUCAAGUGAAGAGAUUGACAUUGAUGCCAAAAAAAUGGAGCCAUACAGAGAUGAGGUUCCAAGAAUUAAUUAUAUUCAUACAAUAGGAAAAAAUAUGACAAAGGACUGGUUGAAAGAGUAUGCUCCAAAGACUCCUUCUGAUCUUGUUGUUCAGAAACCCAAACUGGAUCAAUUAAACUCAUGGCUGCAGAAAGCAAGUAAAGUAGUUGGAGAGGCUUCCAUCCUGCUAAUUACUGGACCACCUGGAGUUGGCAAGAGUACAGCUUUGAAAGUACUUGCUUCUGUACAAAAAAUUCAUUCAAUUGAAUGGGAGACACCACUGGACAUUGAUAGUUCAGAAUUAGCUGGCUCCAGAAAUUUCAUGCAGUCUCAAGCAAGCAAGUUUGAAGCAUUUCUAAUGAAUAGCAGCCGAUAUAGUUCAGUUUUGGAAACUGGAAAGGACAUGAAGAAAUUAAUUAUAGUGAAGGAAUUCCCUAAUGUAUUUGCGCUACAUCCCAACCUAUUCCAGGAUAUCCUAAGGAGAUACCGUGUCAUGGGAAGAGUACCAAUCGUGUUUUCAUUACCUGACCAAGCAGAAGGAAGUGGAGGGAUGUUCCCAAAGCAGUUCCUGGAAGAACUAAAUGUUCAGCAGAUAAGUUUCAAUAAAGUGCCCAACAAGUCAGUUAUGAAAGCUUUGAAAAGGAUCUGUACAUUGAAUAAAGAUUCCAGUGCUCCUUCUGCUGAUGUUCUGGAGAAAAUUGUUGAAAGUGUGCAUGGUGACAUCAGAAGUGCUAUAUUACAACUUCAUUAUGAGUUUGUUCACGAUAAAUGUGAAACUAUAAAGCACCACAAUAUACUCUCAUCUGGACAAGUGUCUCACAAACAAAGGAGUAGCAAAACCAAGCCUGCCACAUCUACAAGAGGAAGUAACAAAAAAUCUAGUAAAAUAAGCAAGAAACGGUUUAAUGUAAAUAGAACAUUCCAUGACUUUGAAGUUUUUUAUAAAGACGUACAGCUUCCUAUUUUCCAAAGAGUUGGAAGAUUGUUGUAUCCAAAAAUAUCACAAGAAGAUGCUAAAUUUCUUACCCAUGAUCCAGAGGAAAUAGUCGACCAAACACUUUCUCAUCCUGGAAGAUUAUUUCACAUGGUACUUGAAAAUUACUUGAAAGUUUUCAGAGAUAUGAAUGAUUGCUGUCGUGCCAUUCAUUAUUCCAGUGAUGCUGAUUCCAUGAUGUCAGAGUUUCGAGAACGAGAAUUGACCUUACCAAUGGCAUUGUCAACAAUGGUAAGAGGUUUUAUGACAUGUAAAUCGACAGUGAAUAGGAAGUGGACUCCUUUAACAAAUCAGGAAUAUAGUUCAGUGAGACAGAGGACAAGAGCUAUGAGAGAACGAGUAAUAGAUACAGAUCCCAAAUACACAAUGAUGCCUCGGGAUGCUGCCAUGGAUAUACUGCCCAUUAUUCAUUCUGGAUUAUACCCAAGAUUAGUUUCAUAUCCAUGUGCAGAUGAAAUGUGCAACACCUCAGAUGAUGAAGAUGAACUGGGUAGACCAGCCGAAGGAAGCACAAACUUACAGCAGACUCUGUUUGCAGCACUAGAUCCAGUUUCUGAAAUUCAGGUUUCAUCAAGCAAAAGUUUACCAGUAGGGAAGUCACAGGCAAAGAAUACAAAGGAUGAAGAAGAAAUGGCAAGUACACUUUAUGGCAUUCAAGAAUCUGAAAGUGAUGAUGAAAAUAAAAUUUCUGAAGAACAAAUGGAUGCUUGGAUUGAGGAUGAUGCUGAUUUAUUUUACCAUCUCAAUUAAGUCCAAACCAUCUUACGUCAAGUGAGAGAGAGGUCAGCGGUCAUGAGCUACUACGAGUGUGUCUGCAGUACUAUUGAAGCUAUGAAGUUGUAAUUUCCUACAGAGAUAUAUCACAGUGAGGAUGGUGAACCUGGGAAUGUUGAAGAUAGUGAAUGUAAAAACUAAUUUAUGGGAAAUGUGAAAACAAUAAAACUGAGAUACAAGAUGCAGUUUGCCAAGAGGAAGAUUGAUUGGUGAAACUAAAUAAAGGCCAGUUACUUCAAGGCGACAAAGAAGGAAACUGACUCAAUAAUGUGUUUUCAAAUGUUUGUGUUCCGCAGGUUUGUUUGUUGUAAUUAUGAAAUUAAUAUACUGUAUAAAAUAAAUUUGUCUUUAUAGACAUGUUUGUUAAUGGA